UCUCCCAGCGAGAGCACCAACACUGCCGAAGUACCAUGCAGGGGGAAAUAGUCCUGCACCCAACACCACCACCACCCCUACCACCAACAUCAACCCAUCCAACCCCUCUUCCUCCUCACACAGACUAUCCACCGCCAUGAAGUCCUUGUUCUAUCGAAAACCAUCGAUCACCUCCUCAUCCGGCUCAAGCUUCUCCAACACAUCCUCCCAUUACUCCCAAACCUCAUUCCAUCCUACUCACACAACCGGUCCUUCCUCCUCCUCUAACAACAACAAGAAAAAUACCCAGUCCUCAUCCUCACGUCUACCCACCUCCUCCUCCUCGCAACGUCCAAUGUCCCCAGAAACUAACCGCGAUCAGCCCGAGUCUGAAAUCAAUCAAGACCAUGAUAUCAUCACCGACAACUGUCCGGUUUGCGUCGAAGACUUGAAGAUGAACCUGAUCGGCGAAAAACCAUUGGUGAUACCCAAGUGUGGCCAUCGUUUGCAUGCUUCCUGCUUCCAGGCCGUCUACGGCUCCCUCGAAGAGGCAAGACGGACUGGCGAUGUUCUAGGUCUAUGCGGGAUCUGUCGGAAAAAAAAAAGACUGGGUGCCUCCGGAGGUAGCUCAUUCCAGCCCAAAACUUUCGAUCGCAACCUUGCCGAUCAUUCAGCCCAGAAACGCUCCAGAUCAAAAGUUCCUUCCUCCUCCACAGCCACCCAUAAAAUCCAUUCGAUCACACGCAAGACUUUGCCGAGUACUCCGUUCGACAUAGUUGAUGACGAUUCGGAUUUCGAAGAGGAAGCACAUUUUUCAGAAUCAGAGUUGGAGCGGGAGGACGAACUACUUGGCUCUUGGAAUGAACUCGAUCUCUCUUCUCAUCAACCUCGUCUACUUCAUCCUGGUGGACUCGAAAGCCUUCGAAUUGAACACAAGCGCCAACAGAGUGGAAGAAGACGAUCGAUCGUCAAGCCAAAUGUCACUGUCCUUGCCGAGAAUCCCAACCUUUUCCUCAAUAAAGAUUCCGAUAAAUCUCAGCAUCUCACUUGCAUGGUCACCAUUGAGCUCCCCAGCUUGUAUGCUCCCAAUCCUACCCAACCCGCAUACCACUUUUCGCCUUCUUCGUCCUACCCGUCUCCGCUUUCCCCGACUGGUGUGCCCUCGAACCUGUCUUCAGAUACCAAUCAGCACAACAAUGGGUCCUCCUUCCCCGGCAAAAGCUCAUCGAUCGCUCCCAUGUCGCCCCCUCCUAGUGCUGUCACCCAAUAUGCCAUGAACUCCCCGCAGGCUUCCAGCGGAAGAUCCGUUCUGCUCUCGCCGUCCAGUCAGCAUCAGCAUGACAAAACCAGACUUCCCUCCGAUCGCAACGGCUCAUUGAAAUCACCACUUACUCGCGACAACUCGAUCACAUUCAUUCCCCCUCUUCCUGUUCACCAUGAUCAUCUCCCGCCCCUGCCUGUCGACGGCCCACCAAGUCAACCCUUACAACCCGUGCUAGAUGAUCUCCUUGAUCGGAUGCAGGAUUGGAAGGGUCAUUCAUCCAAAGACUUUGGACUCUUGAAAAAAUACGAUCAAAUUCACGUCGAAAAGGAAGCAAACUGUCGACAAUUUCUUGUGUAUCUCUUCGAAGAGGCUCUUCUUUGUGUCUCUCCAGUUCGUAGGGACUCGAUCACUCAAGGUUGGACUCAGCAAGAUGAACACCACACCGGUAGUGUUGCCGGAGGUCCCCCAUUGAAGUUGAAGGGCCGAGUUUAUAUUCGACAUAUGGAUUCAGUAUCGGUGAUACCCAACGACCCUUUGCACGUCUAUUUCCUUCGGGUGAAGAUGAAGGACGAAAAAAUGGACGCAUUCACGAUGCGAUUCGAAAAUUUAAAUCAACUCGAAGAUUGGCACUCGAACAUACACUCUUUGAUCCAGAAGAACAAACAAAAAACUGAUCCCUCACCUCUACAAGCGCCUCUACGCAUACCUGAAAUUGAUUACUCCGGUCCUGUUUGUAUACCUUCAACGCCCCUCAGCUUACCACCGACCCCAGUAACCUGUCAACCAGGUGGACCGUCUCUCGAUCGCGACUCGUUGCGGAUAGCGGCUCACUCGACACGAUCAUCGAGGUCUGACAGUCUCCAGUCUGGUUCCGAUUCGCGGAAUAACGAUGGCUGCACUGGGAGCUCGUUACUGUCCGGCUCAACAAAAACUAAUCUGGUGACCUCGAUUUCUACCCUGUCUUCAGUUGGGGAAGAGUAUACCGAAGGGUGCCCGGAAAAUCCAGAAUUCUCUAACCCAUUCCAGUCCUCUCAUCCCUUCACCCAUCGGGAUUUGCUCUCUUUGCACAUGAAUCCUGCUUUUCGAUCAGCGUCAUUACGGCAUGACUUUCGACCCAUCGAUCUGACCUUGGUCAUCUCAAUUCCAUUUGCUGAACCUGCUGGAUCUCCCAGCUCGUCGCCCUCAACUCUGAAACUUCGUCUCUUGAAACAAUCCCUUCAGUUCGUAGUCUAUCAUCUGCAUCCACGGUCGCGACUAAGUCUCGUAGCUUUCACGGUUGGCAGUGGCGGCAAUACGAGGAGCCAAGGCCAACUUCUUUACACUCCAUUCCUCACAGUCGGUAAGGCGGCGAGCCUGAAGCGGGUCGAAUUUGCCAUCGAACAGAUCUCUCGGGCCGGCCGGACCGAAGGGAUUCUGACGGCCCAAAACUGGAAGUACUUUGGGGAGGAUAUCGCCGUCGCUCAACAAGCCUCAGACUCGAUCGGCUUUGGAACGGCUGCCCAGCAGGCUAAUCCUCGGUUCAUUCAGGAUAAAGUGCAGAGACGGUUGAGGAUGCUCGAGAGACAUGAAGACAAGGUGUCUGUUGUCACUGCUGUCAAUCUAGCCUAUGACAUGAUCUUGCCUCGCAAACAGAAAAAUCCUCUCAGUGGAAUCAUGCUCUUGAAUGACUCGCGCGAUUGUUCUACGAAGCCCGAGAUGACGUUGGUGAUGACUAGAGCUGAGGCGAUUCAGAUACCAAUCCAGUCGAUUGGAUGGGGUGAGGCUCAUAAUCCUAGUUCGUUGUGGCAAUUAUCAAAUCAUACUGGGGGGACAUACAGCUUCAUUCGCGACUAUCAUUCCAUCAAGGAGGCUAUUGCUGGCUGUAUAGGCGGCAUGCUCUCCGUUGGAAUGUCUAAUGCGCGAGUUAGUAUCGGGAUUGCUGAGAAUAAAUGGUUCAAAAUGAAGAAAGUCUCGGGGAUCUCCCAUGUGAUUUCUUCGGAUGGACAGCAUGCUGAUCUCGAGCUGGGACAGAUGAGAUUCGGUGAACGAAGGGAUGUGUUGGUGGAAGUCGAGAUGAAAUCAGCAAGAGAAGUCUACCGAACUCAGAGCCGACAAUUCAACGAUGGAGAUCAAGCCUUGUUGGGUCUCGAGCAUAACAAUCAGGUCGAAACUGGUACGGAUGCCUUCUUUAGGAACCAGUUGGGUGUCGAGACCAAUGUCACAAUGCUCGGAGAUACGGAUGCGUUCACGCGUUUCUAUGAAUCUCAAUUCGAUGACAUGAAUGAUGAUAUCACUCUGUUCGAGGUCAAUGUCUCCUAUCGGGACCCUCAAGCUGGCAAAAACGUGGCCAAGCUUCCACGGCCGGCAGUCUUGAUGGUAACGGUGACGCCGUCAUUGGUGGACUCGACGGGGGCACUGACAGCAAAUGAGCCGUCGAUCGUCAAACGACGAGUUGAGCUUCUCACAUCGGACUCAUUGAGUCGAGUUCUCCUUCUCGUCUCACGUCGGAUGGAUCGCCAGGGCUUACGGUUGAUGAACGAGACCCGGAGGAUAGUGACGACGUUGAUGACGAACCUAUUCCAGAUCGAGCCAACGAUGGAGCAGACUGAGUUUAUUGGCCGAAGGGCGUUCGGGUUGAUGGAGCGGUUGAUGCGACGAGGUCAGAUGAAAGCGACCGCAGAGAAUGUGGAUGUGUUUGUGAUGUUGGCGGGCUGUUUGCAAGUGCUUCAACGGAUGAUCGAAGGAUUGGAGGAGAUCGAACGCGGGCUCUCGGAGGUCUCACGACACUUGGAGGCCCAGUAUCCUGUCCAACAACACCAACAAGCCAAUAACCAUGCGCUUCGGGCUCAGGAGGAGAUGCGCAAUCAGGUCUAUCUGCGCUUCGAGACCGGGAUGAAAAACUUUGCCGCUGAACAGUCUGGUAUCCUCAGGGACCAGAAGGCCUGGCUUAUCCAUUCCGUUGACUCUACUGUCCAACAACAACAAUCUAGAUCCGCAUUCAUCCCUUCAACUCCUACUUCUUCCCAAAAUCAUCAGCUACAGCUCCACCAAUCUCAGCCUUCUAAAGCCGACGAUAAUCAACUCUCGAUCAUCGAAGAGAUUUACUUCAGAUCAGAUUACUCGAUCUGGAUGAAAAACAUGAUGGAACAUUGGAUGCCUGAACGGUAUUGAAACUUAUCUACUCAACUUCCCUUCCUACUUAGAUUUUGUUUUGUUUUGUUUUUGUCUUUUGGUUUGUUUUGUUUUGUAGAGGCUUGUUUUUGUUUGUAUGUGUAUGUUUGCUUUAAGUUGCUUGCUUGGUUGAUUGAUUGUUGUAUAUGGGACCUACAAGAAACACAUCUCAUUUCCUCUCCUCCUCCUCCUCCUUUUUUUUUUCUCUCUCCCUCUGAUGACAAAAUUAUAUAUAUUAUGGAGCUCUUGUGUCUUGUGACUUGUGAUGUUUUGUCCCCUUUGUUUGUUUCUUGGUUUUUCUUUUGAUCUUGAUCUUUACAUUGGUUUUUUUUGUGGUGGUGGUCAGCUUGGUAUCUCUUUUUCUUUCUGUUGGAUGCAAUAUACAUCAAUAUGUUUUAUACAUAUAUAUAUACUUGAAUACUAACAGACAGGAUUGAAACAACAAAGAC